UCGCGCGGUCUCCUCCUCCUCCUCCUCCUCCUCCCCGCCCCCCUCAUCCCCACCCCACACCCCUUGCCUCAUCCCGGCUCCGUCACCCUCCCGCCCCCCACACUCAGGACAAGAAUGCCCUGCCCGGAACAGCCCAGCAGCGCCUAGAUGGCUUUGGUCACAGUCCAGCGGUCGCCUACCCCCAGCACUACCUCCAGCCCCUGCGCCUCGAGCUCUCAUUUGGAAGACAGUGAAUCCGCAGCAUUACUUUGCUGUGAACGUGAAGAAUCAGAAAUCUUUAGUGAUUCCAAUGAGGCAGACAGUGGGGAGGAGGAAUGCCGAUCACAGCCCAGGAGCAUCAGCGAGAGCUUUCUAACGGUCAAAGGUGCUGCCCUUUUUCUGCCACGGGGAAAUGGCUCAUCCACACCAAGAAUCAGCCACAGACGCAAUAAGCAUGCAGGUGACCUCCAACAGCAUCUCCAAGCAAUGUUCAUAUUACUCCGCCCAGAAGACAACAUCAGGCUGGCUGUAAGACUAGAAAGUACUUACCAGAAUCGAACACGCUAUAUGGUAGUGGUUUCAACUAACGGUAGACAAGACACUGAAGAAAGCAUCGUCCUAGGAAUGGAUUUCUCCUCUAAUGACAGUAGCACUUGUACCAUGGGUUUAGUCCUGCCUCUCUGGAGUGACACCCUAAUUCAUUUGGAUGGUGAUGGUGGGUUCAGCGUAUCAACAGAUAACAGAGUUCACAUAUUCAAACCUGUGUCUGUGCAGGCAAUGUGGUCUGCAUUACAGAGUCUACACAAGGCUUGUGAAGUCGCCAGAAUGCAUAACUACUACCCUGGCAGCCUGUUUCUCACCUGGGUGAGUUAUUACGAGAGCCAUAUCAACUCAGAUCAAUCCUCAGUCAAUGAAUGGAAUGCUAUGCAGGAUGUGCAGUCCCACCGGCCUGACUCUCCAGCUCUUUUCACAGACAUACCAACUGAACGUGAGCGAACAGAAAGGCUAAUUAAAACCAAAUUAAGGGAGAUUAUGAUGCAGAAGGAUUUGGAGAAUAUCACAUCCAAAGAGAUACGAACUGAAUUGGAAAUGCAAAUGGUGUGCAACUUGCGAGAAUUCAAGGAAUUUAUAGAUAAUGAAAUGAUAGUGAUCCUUGGUCAGAUGGAUAGCCCUACACAGAUAUUUGAGCACGUGUUCUUGGGCUCGGAAUGGAAUGCCUCUAACUUAGAGGAUUUACAGAACCGAGGGGUGCGAUAUAUCUUGAAUGUCACUCGAGAGAUAGAUAACUUCUUCCCAGGAGUCUUUGAGUAUCACAACAUUCGGGUAUAUGAUGAAGAGGCAACGGAUCUCCUGGCUUACUGGAAUGACACUUACAAAUUCAUCUCUAAAGCAAAGAAACAUGGAUCUAAAUGCCUUGUGCACUGCAAAAUGGGGGUGAGUCGCUCAGCCUCCACUGUGAUUGCCUAUGCGAUGAAGGAGUAUGGCUGGAAUCUGGACCGAGCCUAUGACUACGUGAAGGAAAGACGAACAGUGACCAAGCCCAACCCCAGCUUCAUGAGACAGCUGGAAGAGUACCAGGGGAUCUUGCUGGCAAGCAAACAGCGGCAUAACAAGCUCUGGCGAUCUCAUUCAGAUAGUGACCUCUCGGACCACCACGAACCCAUCUGCAAAGCAGGACUAGAACUCAACAAGAAGGAGAUCACCACCUCAGCAGACCAGAUUGCCGAGGUCAAGACCAUGGAGAGUCACCCACCCAUACCUCCCGUCUUCGUGGAACAUGUCGUCCCACAGGAUGAAAAUCAGAAAGGCCUGUGUACCAAAGAAAGAAUGAUCUGCUUGGAGUUUACUUCUAGGGAAUUUCAUGCCGGACAGAUUGAAGAUGAAUUAAACCUAAAUGACAUCAAUGGAUGCUCAUCAGGGUGUUGUCUCAAUGAAUCAAAAUUCCCUCUUGACAACUGCCAUGCAUCCAAAGCCUUAAUCCAACCUGGACAGGACCCAGAAAUGGCCAACAAGUUCCCAGACUUAACAGUGGAAGAUUUGGAGACAGACGCACUGAAAGCAGACAUGAACGUCCACUUACUGCCCAUGGAAGAACUGACAUCCCGCCUGAAAGAUCUCCCCAUGUCCCCUGAUCCUGACUCACCGAGCCCCCAACCCAGUUGCCAGGCUGAAGUCUCAGAUUUCAGUACAGAUCGCAUUGACUUUUUUAGCGCGCUAGAGAAGUUUGUAGAGCUUUCCCAAGAAACCCGGGCCCGAUCUUUUUCUCACUCAAGGAUGGAGGAACUGGGUGGAGGAAGGAGCGAGAGCUGUCGACUGUCAGUGGUCGAAGUAGCCCCUUCCGAAGCGACCGCUGAUGACCAGAGAAGCAGCUCUCUGAGUAAUACUCCCCAUGCAUCUGAAGAAUCUUCAAUAGAUGAGGAACAGUCAAAGGCAAUCUCAGAACUGGUCAGUCCAGACAUCUUCAUGCAGUCUCACUCAGAAAAUGCAAUUUCAGUCAAAGAAAUCGUCACUGAGAUUGAAUCCAUCAGUCAAGGAGUUGGACAGAUUCAAGUGAAAGGCGACAUCCUAGCCAUUCCAUGCCAUACACCAAAGAAGCACAUCGUCCAUGAGCUGCCCCUUGAGAGGGCCCAAGCCGCAGAGAACAAACCUGGAAAUCUGGAGCAGAGUGGAGGUUCCUGCACAGCCCAGCCUGAACUAGCCAAAGACUCAGGGAAGUGGGAGCCAGAAGGGUGCCCAGUGGCACACUCAUCCACCACAGAGUUGGAAGAAGAGGAACCAGCUGAGGGGGAACCAGAGCUCUGGGGCCCAGGGAUGCCCCCAGGUGCCAAGUGGUGCCCCGGGUCCGUGAGGCGAGCCACCUUGGAGUUUGAGGAGCGCUUGCGGCAGGAGCAGGAGCAGUACGGUGCUGCCCCUGCUUGUGCCUCGUUGUCCACUCGUAAGAAUUCCAAGAAUGAUUCUUCUAUGGCAGAUCUGGCAUCAAAAGGGAGGAGUGAUGAAGCCACCCUAGAACAUGCAUUUGUCCCCAGGGAACCAGAGACGAGCAAGGGCAAAGGGAAAUGCAGUGGGUCUGAGGCUGGCUCCCUACCCCAUUCUGAGCAGCAUGCCAUCGUUCCAGCACCCGAGCUGCCGGAGUCUCUCCCGUUGCCAGCUCCUCAGAAGUGCCCAGGGUCAGGUCCCAGAACACAGCAGGAAGGAGUCCUGAAGGAGCAGAGGACUUCGGUCUCAUGCCAGGGACCUGAGACACCAGCAGUCCCUCUGCCUCUUCCCAAGAAGAUAGAAAUCAUUGAAUACACCCACACAGUCACGACACCUGAUCACGGGCCAGAGGGGGAAACAGCCACCAGCGAAAAGAGUGGGGAGCAGGGACUGAGGAAAGUGAAAGUGGAGGAGUCCGUUACUGUCCUCUGUGCACUGGAUGAAAAUCUGAACCGGACACUGAGCCCCGACCAGGCUUCUCUGCACCCCAGAGCGCUACCUCUGCCUCACUCUUCCUCUCCCGAGCCUGAGCACGGCAGGCCCGCCCACCCAGCCCCCACCCUGAGCAGCCCUGGAGACGGGGGCAACAGCCCAGCAGCUGCCCUGGAGACGGCAGCGCCUUCUGUCAGUCACUCAGCCCACGUACUUGGUGCCAGCUUGGCUUACCUGCAUCCCCAGACGGUGGUUCACCUGGAAGGCUUCACAGAGCAAAGCAGCACCACAGACAAUGAGCCCUCUGUGGAGAAGGGCAGCUGGGAGGAAAGUCAGGAGGGCCCCCUCUCCAGGGGCAGUGGAGUGCCAUAUCAGGGCUCCCAGGUAAGUAGUGAAGACCUGUGUUUAAUUAGCAGACUCGGUGACAGUGUUGGGGAGCAGCAAGAAAAACUGGACCCAUCACCUGUAGCCUGUCAGCUCCCACACAGCCCUAGUAGUGAUGGUAUAAAGGGUCUCAGUCACAGCCCCAGUGGGGUGAAGGAACGCGCUAAAGAAAUCGAGUCCCGAGAGAUUUCCCAGGUAGGGCUCCCCAAACCAUCGCAAAUGAGGCGUUCAGCUUCCCUCGCCAAGUUAGGUUACCUGGACCUCUGUAAAGACUGUUUACCGGAGAGGGGGCCUAUCUGCUCUGAGUCCCCUCAUCUCAAACUGCUUCAGCCCUUCCUCAGAAUGGGCUCGGGAAUGGAGGCCCAGGAGCCCCCAGAAAACCCAGAUGCUCCCCAGAACCUAGAGCCCACCAAGUGGUUCAUAGAGCAACUCAAAACAACAGAGUGUAUCGCACAGAGCAAGCCGGUGGAGAGGCCCCUUGUACAGUAUGCCAAAGAAUUUGGUUCCAGUCAGCAGUGUUUGCUCCCCAGGGCAGGACCUGAAUUGACUAGUUCUGAAGGAGGCCUUCCUUUGGUACAGACCCAGGGACUGCAGGGUGCAGGCCCAGCUCCAGGGCUGGCUGUAGUGCCCCGUCAGCAGCACGGCAGAACUCACCCCCUAAGGAGACUGAAAAAAGCAAAUGAUAAAAAACGGACAACCAACCCCUUCUAUAAUACCAUGUGAUUCUGAGCCUCUACAUGUGACUUUCUGAAAGAAAUGUUUGUAAAAGGGGCAGGUGUAAUAUGUAAGGAACAUGCACUUUAUUGGUUAAUUUUAUAAUACUUUGGUCAUUUUACUGUUCCUGGCGCAUGCAGGGUUUGGUUUUUUUCCUCUGUGUGUGUGAGAGAGAGAGAGAGUUUGAUUUGGACGGCAAGACCAUUUUAUCAUUUUUUAUUUUUGGAAAAUGCAAACCUCAAAGAAUACUCAUUUUCAAAGAACACCUUUAUCAAAGGCAAAUUGCUGUUUUUCAGUCUACUGCCACCUGCUCCUCAUUUUGCUCCCUGAGGGAAGGCAUGCUUGCUUGAUUGAGGAAGGAAGCAGAUGGGGAAGGUGGGGUUGAAGCUGGGAAUUGGAAAUGCUGCCCCAGGCCUGUGUGAUGAUGGUUAGGUCUCCAGACCUGAUGCAUUGGAUUCACUGAAGGGGGCAGCCCAACAUCAGCAUGCUCUCAGACUUGGGCCCCAGCCCCAGCCCCAGCCCCUUGGAGUUGCCGAAAUGGGCAGGUUCUGCUUUGCUCUCAAAGAGGGUCUUCCAGAAUUCAUUUUCCUGGUCUCCAGAGUGUAUCAUUACAAAAAGGCAUGAUAAUUGGCUGGCUUUGUAAACUUAUCAAGCAAAUACUUUUUUACCCCAAGCAAAGAAUUUUAUUAAAUUUAAAAUGAACUCCAAAGGAUUUCUGAGAGGUCCUCUCUAGAGGAAAGCAGAAGAAGAGAAGGAGGUGAAAUUGGGGGUGGAGAGGCCACCACUGCCCAGUAUCUUCCAGGUGGACGGGCUCCACACAGGUGGUCAUCCUACCCCACCCCACCCCGCAUCCCCUGGAAAUGUGCCCUGCAGCAUUCUCCCAACUAAAACACAAUAGGGACAAGUUUGAAAAACAGCAAUUAAAAGUCAGUGUGUUCUUGUAAAAUGAAUACAUAUGUAGGGUUUUAACCCUUUCGUUACUUGAAUAAUUCUGUGGGCCUUCUAAGUUUAAUGGCCAUAUUUUUUCCGAUUUAUUUUCCUCCCUCAUGCUGUUUCUCCCAGUGCUGCCUAUUUUUUUUAAUUUUGUAGGUAUUUGAAUUGUUACAUUACGUAUGUAUAACCUCCAUUGAAUGCAAAGUUUUCUUUUUAAUAUUAUCACUGUUAACACUUGACAUAAGUUUUUUUUUUCCUUUUCCUGGAAGAUUUGUCAUUUCUCUAGUUUAUACACAGUACUUAUGUACAUAAUGUUGUCACUUUCUUACAUUGUUUUGUUGUUAAUGUUGUAUGUUGUAGGGUCUUUUUGACUUAUCCAUUUUAAGAAAUAGUAAAGCUGCAACUGGAAAACAUACGGACACCACAGAAAUAAGACUGAUGGGUGUUGGUAGGAAUCUGCAGAGUAUAUAUUGAUGGUGGUUUUUUUUAAAAUGGAGACUUCUAAUCACCAGCUCCUGCCAAAUUAUGCGUUAGUAACUUCCUCCUCAGAGAAACCCCUAAAGGCUCCCAUUAGAUCACAGUUUGACUGAAGGCUGAUUUCUCUUUGAGACUGAAAUCCCAGAACGUUGUUCACCACUAGCUGAACCAGAGCCAGGGAGUAUAUGUGAGUGUUACCGCUGCCCAGGGUGGAAGCUCCUAAUGGAUUAGGCUGAAGGGCUGCAGGGAGGCCUCGGCCAAGGGCAGGCACCCUUAAAUGACCGCGUUUAGGAUGCUGUUGCUUUGCUGCUAUUGUGGAGGUCCUUAACACAGGAGCACCUGCCGUAAACAAGCCUAUUUCAGCUUCUUACAGAAAACAUAUUUAGCUUGGAAUGGAACACCACUGCAGCUCAUCAAAACUGAAGAGGUUUGCAAAUUUGCUUCCUGUUUGCUUUGGUGGUUGUCCCCAUUGCUGAGAGGUUGACCGAGCACAGACCUAAGAUUCAGGUUUGGGGUUCAUCACAGCACUUAGAGGAAAAAGAUGCACAGACUGUCAAAGUGAUGUCAGAGGCCAGAGUUCGAUGAGGACAGGUGGUAUGGUGACCCAAAGGAGAGAGAAAAGGUGGACUGAGGCCACUUGUACGUGUUCAAGAGGAGCUGUGAAUCCAGUUGCCGGGUGGAGGCCGUAGUUGGGUCUGACAUCACUGCCAGGAGGCAGAUUGGACAGAAACCUCCUGCUCUUAAGUGUUUUUAUGGUGUAGUAAUGAUAUGUACCUGUGCUGUCCCUAAAUAGUUUCCUUAAAUGUUCAAAUGUGUCAUCCACACAGCUUUGUGGCUCCAGGAUAUUUAAUGUGUUGUAAAAUGUUUUACUUGGUGGCAUGUUCCAGUGUGAGGAGGCUUGCAGGACAGGGUUAUGAAUUUCCAGGGCUCAUCCAUCUAAACUGCCCUUUCUUGUUGAGGCAGUUCCAUCACCAAUAUGUUGGCGAAAGGAGAGGAAACUGUGGCAGGGGUGGGAAGAGGAGGCUUUGCAUGGAGGUUAAGAGAGUAGCGUCCACUCAGUUAAUCCCUUGAGAUGGUGACAUCCCUCACAUUAAGAAGUACACACAGGGUCGACAGUGCUGCACUGUUCUCUCUUCUUUUCCCGGCCACUGUGUUUAAUGCUCACUCUCACUGCAUUAAAGAACAACAAAGAUUGGGAGUGGAGGAACCUCAAACGCUGUGAAGAAAAACAAAACCUUUUUUUUUUUUUAAAGAGUAGAGGAGGUCUUGCUCUGCCUUUUUUUUUUAAUAAUUAUACUUUUUAUCAUUUAAUUUACCUGCCUAAAUAAACAUUCUCUACACAAGGUCUGUAAUUCAGCCAUGCCAUAGGGUUUUGCCAGCCCUCAGACUCCCAAAACCGAGUGUUCUUGUGCUAUUUAUGUAGCUGAGCACUGUCCAGGGGAAGUACAUGACGGCCUAUCAAGAACUUUCUACACUUUAUUCUCUUCAAAUGGAUAAUCUCAGGUGGCCUGUUUCCCUUUUCUGUUCAUGGAAAAGCCAGACCCGAAACAGCAGUUCUGGUAGAUUGACAGAGAUGAGUAGGAAAAGUUUGGACCUCUCGCUCAGUGCCUCUCUUUAUUUUGAAAACCAUCAUAGUCUGACUCAGAAUUAUUCUGGAGGGGUUGUGUGUGUGUGUGUGUGUGUGUGUGUGUGUAAAAAGUAACACUGUGGUGCAUGGGAUAAAAGCCCCAGGAGCACACAGAUUUUGAGCUGUAAUCUGGAUGGUUACCUGGUCAGUAGGAAGGAGAGAAACCCCUUUUUUGAUUUUAGAAACACUUAGGAGUAGUUUGUACUAUAGCAGAUACACAGUACAGUAGUGUAGUAAUACUCAUCUCUCCUCAUUUUGGUUGCCUUUCAGAUUCCGAAUGUUUAGGAUCAUUCCUAACAUUUCAGGCUCUUUAUCUAGCAUUUUCCUGGUUCUGUACCUUUAUCCCAACUGGUAUUUCCUCUUUCUCAUUUUGGGAACUACCAAGAGCCCCAAGGACAGCCUGAGGAUGACAGCCCAGGCUCUGAGGUCCCCUCCUGCUAAAGGGCCCCAGACAGAUGGCUCUUGGAUAGACCUGAAGCUUCUGAGACAUAGCAGCUCACAGAAAUCUUCAUUUGUUCCAUCUGAGGAUUUCAGUUCUGAAGUGAUCUAGCCAUGUUUGGUAAAGAUGUUUUUGUGGGAACUGUUUCUCUCUCUCUCUAUUUUUUUUUUUAAGAAAGCAUUAUGCAAAAAGGGUCUCUUUCAAGGGCAUUUUAAAUUUUUUAAAUAAAGCCAUUCUUUGGCUUUUUUGAACUGUUUGUGGAUAUUUUGUUUACAUUGUGAAUAUUAAAACGUGCAUCCUCUUGAUGGCCGCUCAGAUUCCUCCUCCAGGCACCCAGCCCUGGCCAUCCUGUGAGUCCUCACACUGAGCAAGGUCAGCCUUAUGGGUAAGUGGGGAAAACCUGGAGCUGACUUCCAUCUGUGUCUUGCACUCCCAUCCAACACUCUGUAUGGAAAUAUUCAUCAUUUCCUCAGUGAUGGUGUGUCUUAUAGUGAUGGUUGUAAUGGUGAAUGGCUAGUGUCGUUUUUGUCUAAUUUUGUUUUGCUUUUUGAUGGUAGAUGAGAUGAAAUUUUAGCUAUUUCAGCACCAAUCCAACUUAAAAACAUCUUGGAUUUGUUUUCCCUUCCAAACUAAAAGAUUAAGGCAUGUAUUAGGCAUAAGUGUAUUUGCUGCCGUGACUCAUCCGACGGCUAUAUCAGGAAAAAGCCUCCUGCUACCAAAGCAGGAAGCUGCACACUCCUAACCCUUCUCCAGGGCUUGGGGUCCCUUGAUGCCAUGGAGAGCUAUUGCAAGGUGCUUCUGUACUUUUCUGGCCUGGAAGUGGAGGGUGCCUGCGCCUGGCUCCUGCUAUGAAAAGAGAACCAGCCUCACUUUCUCAGUGCCCCAGAGAUCUGGGACAGGAUUUCUAAACUGGAAUCAUCCCUCAUCAGCUUGAAGAUGUCCCAAGGGGUAUACGACUAGUGCUGCCAUCUGUGUCCUCACAGCAACACUGGUGGCAGCAUCCUGUGCACACAUGGAGAGCUAAUACCCAGGGCUUAACUCAAGCUGAUGACCCAGUCUGGAAGCUGGGUAACUGGCCCUGAAAUGUUUCCCAAUCAGUAAAUCCACAGGGAACUGUUUGGUUUUUAUGUUUUAUUGGAAUUUGGUUUGCUUGGCAUAGCUUAAGGUGCCUUUUCUUUCUUUCUACUUUAAUUUUGUAGGACUUGUUCUAAAUGUAGAAAACAAGUCCAAAAGACUCUCCCACUGACUGUUACCUUUGCCCCAGGCCACCCCAAACUUUUAUGCUCACAUUUUAUUAAAUAAAGCAGGUGCUCCCUGGAACCUCUGGGACCUUUUUGAGGCGUUUGAAGCAGAAUAUAAAGAGUGGUCUCAUCUCCUUCCUUAAUCUUCCUGGUGGUUGGGAUGUUCCACUUGUAUCAUAGGUUUUUUUAUUACUGAUGUGCUCCGCUGUUUUUAAAUGUGAACUUGUGCGCAAAUGUGCAGAUUCAAUGUUCUUGUUACAGAUUGAAUAAAUUUUUAUUUUGAAGAUGAAA